AUGGCACCCGCAAGAUAUUCCCUGGCUCAGAGGCGUUUGGCAGUGCUCACUUCAGCUCCGAGAUCUCCAGAUGCACAUUAUCCGCAUACCCCACCAAUUGUACUACCAUCCACCGCCAGUCAAACUCCCCGCAUGUGGUAUCAAUCAUGUCUCGCAACCUACUUGAUUCCUCGACGCCGAAGAUCUGUUUGCGCGAUCCUCCUCGGCCUCAUCUCCACUUCUGUGUUGCAUCAGUUGAUCACCACUCUCUCAUUUCCACAUCUCUUCACCAGCAACAAACAUCUCUUGAAACACCCAUCGACCUUAGUACACAUCACCCUUACCUACAUUUCUAUCUACUUUUCCAACAUGAACCGUCGCCUUCGCUCCAUGACCAUUUCCACCAAGGAGAAUGUCCCUGACCUUGCACCAUUUAAACGGGGACAGCGCGCUUCCGUCCAUGCAUCUUCUGCCUCCGGCUUUCAAGUGGCCGAGCCAGUUGCACCUUUCACUCAGGAAAUGGCCGAGCCAGUUGCACCUUUCACUCAGGCCAACGACACCGGCAAUCAAGAAGUUGGGCAAACCCAAGUGAAGUAUGGGCCGCCUAAGAAGAAGACAGCUAUCCGUGCCCCUGCCAACGACGCCGCCAUGGGGAAAACCCAAGUGCAGUCUGGGCCGCCCAAGAAGACGGUUGCUGCUCCCAAAGAGGCACAGCGGCGCCCCUCUGCUGCCGUAGAGGUUCAACGGCACCCUUCGAAUGCUCAAGUCUUCGAUGGUGUACACAUCCAAGCUAGGCUGCAGCCUUCGGGGAUUUUAGCCAAUGAAGUGGCUGUUCGACCAAACGCUGCCAAUGAAGCUAGAGUGCAGACUUCAAGGAAUGUUGCCACUCAAGCGGCUGUUCGACCUGUCAAUAACCUGGUUUCUGAUGCUGUUCGCUCUGACGUUGUUGGGCCUGGGCCUGUUCCACACAAGUCCAAACCAGCCCCUGUGCUCAGAACGUAUGGGUCUACCCGUAAAUCUUCGUCUGCUCAACCUACGGCCUCCGCUGCCAUCACCACGAAUGCGGGCAACAGCAACUCCACGCUAUCGGACUUAACCUCAACGCGUUCGGACGAUGACGACAUCACGCUGCCUGACCAGCCAGAAGGCGCCAAUGAAUUUGCCAAUAGUUAUUCAAGCUUCAACCCCAACGAUAUACCUUCAACCGGAAAGAAACUCACCAGCAUCCGGGAUGAAGACUUUCAUCCAAGGUCAUUCUCGAUGCAUGACCUCGGCCCUGACGAGAUCCAGGCUAUGAGGGAGGCAUGCGAGUCCAAAGAUGUAGCAUAUUGCUUCAGCUAUGCUGACAAGACAACUCGCUACUACCAUGGUCACGAGCUGACUGAAGGCUGCCAGAGUGCAGCCGACUGGUUCACGACGUACUUCGAUGACGAGACGAAGAAGUGGCACCCCAUACCACAGGGCUUUUCAGCCCCCCACUGGCCUGAGGACUACGUUGACGUGAUCAACAUUUUGAGGGAAGAAGACGAACUGCACGUCAACUCAUACCUCAUCGAGGCGGCGAUGGCAUUGGACAAGACUCGUAACUCUGGAGAGGACGUUUUCGAGAUCCUCUCCUUGGAGGAUGACCUUUCAUGGGACGACAAGAACCACAUGCGAAAGGAACGAGGGGAAGAAGUCACCGAUACAGAAGAUGAGGAUGACGAAAUGGAGGAGGAAAUGGAGGAUAGACGAAGCAACCCACACUCGCGUUCAGCCUCAGUUGCAAGGAGUGCCCACUCCACUUCUUCCGCGUCAUCGAGUCCACCUGCAACUUCGGCUGCAGAAAUCCUUGCAGAGCUGGGUAUGACGUUGCCAGUUAUGAGUCCUUACGAGUUUACGAAAAAGCAGCCAUAA